AUGGACCUGACCCAGCUUCACCUGCCAUCAGUGCAGGCACGUGGGCUCAGGUGGGACACGUGGACCAGCAUCACAGGCAAGGCCAUGCUCAAGCUUGACAAAGAUGAACAUCAGCAUCUGGCAUUGUGCCUCCUCAAGGCCAGCCCAAACUGCCACACCUGCAAGGCAGUGAUGUUCCCCUUUGGGUGGGGCCAAAAGGGUGAGGGUGGCAAGUACUACUGCACCUCCUGCCUCCCCAAGGAUCUGCAGGCUGCUCUGUGCAGCAGUCUCGCCAAGAAACAGAGCACCACCUCUUCGCAGAGCGCCAAGGUGCCAGACCAGCUCUACGCUCUUCUGCUUGCCAAGCUGGCCACUUUCGCCUUGGUCACCAAUGAGGCCCUUGAAGCUGCCUUGAGCUACAAUCUUCGUGUUAGGUCCAUGCCUGAGGUCAUCAAGCCAGCCUCAGAUUCCUCUUCGCCACCUCCUACGAUCCUCCCCGCCAUUGACCCACCCUUGGAGCAUGAGGACGAUAGCAGCAACCUUCCUUCCACUGAGCCACAGUCAAGGUCAGCUUGCUUCACAGGUGAGCUGCUGCCAUUCCAGAAGGACAGAGUGGACUUCAUCCUGAAGUGUGAGCAAACGGCUCAGUUUGGUGGCUGCUUUCUCUUUGAUGACAUGGGCCUGGGCAAAACAGGUGCCCUGGUCAUUGAGAACUGGCGCCAGGAGGUGUGCAAAUGGCUGGGUACCAAGCUGAGCCAUGUUGUCACCUGUCCAAGCAGCAAGGCACUUCAGGAUUUUGUGAAUAAGAAUGAGUGUUCCUUGGAUGAGAUGCAUGUGUUGUGUGGGAUGAGAUGCAGAACCUCAAGGAUGACAAGACCAGCCGCUUCCAACAUGCCAUGA